AACAGACUAGUUCCGUGUGAAUUAACCUUAAGGUAAGGAGGUCGUGUCUUGACCAUUUAGCGAUUUUAGGGUCAGCUGAGGUUGGUAUUUUGACAUGUGGAAAAAAGUUUGGUGCUCAAUGUUUGUGUUCGGAUUGCGUUUAAUCGAACUUCACGAGGUCUUAAGGGAUUCUCCUAAAUUCAGAUGUUUGCUCGAACAGGAAGAGUCAAGCAUCGAUCAUUUGGAACAACGACUAGACAAAAUCUUGAAGGUGUGUGGAUCGAUGAUAGAUUCCGGAAAAACAUAUGUUGGACAGCAAAGCCUCUUCGCCAAUAGUUUAUGGGAUCUAAGUACUCAUUUUAGAGAAGAUCCGGAAGUGUUGUCUUCUUUAAAUAAGUUGAUACAUAGCCUACAAGAAAUGAAUAAAUUUCAUACAAUUCUUCUUGACCAAGCAUCAAGAACUAUAUUAAAAAAUAUCACAUCCUUUAUAAAAAACGAUAUAAAGUCUGUCAAGGAUUACAAGCAACACUUUGAGAAAAUAUCAAAUGAAUAUGAUAAUGUAUUGAUAAGAAACUCUCACACUCCACGCAGUAAAACGCAAGAGGUUGAAGAGAUUCAGAAUAUACUUCUUGCUGUAAGAUCUUGCUUCGGACAUCAGACAUUGGAUUAUGUUAACAGUAUUUGUGUGUUGCAAACUAAAAAGAGGCAUGAAAUUUUGAGUACUCUUUUGUCAUACAUGCAUGCAUGUACGACAUACUACCAUCAAGGGUCAGACUUGUGCGAUGAUUUGCAACCAUUUUUCAAAACAUUAGCUGAUGAGAUAGGCAAUAUGAGAGAUGAAACGUAUAAAAUUGAAAAAGAAUUAGAAAACAGACAUGCUGUGGUAUCCAAUAUUGACAAACUACCGCUCGUGGGCGAUAAGAGUACCCCAAAAAUGGAGGGUUAUUUGUUCAAACGUACAUCAAAUGCAUUCAAAACAUGGAACAGGAGAUGGUUUUAUCUUUUUGAUAACAAGUUAGUGUACAGAAAAAGAUCUGGAGAAGAGCACGAAACAGUAAUGGAGGAUGAUUUGAGAUUGUGUACUGUGAAACCAGUUACCGAUGGCGAGCGAAGAUUUUGUUUCGAGGUAGUGUCGCCCACAAAAAGUCACAUAUUACAAGCUGAUUCAAAAGAAAUGUAUAGUGAAUGGAUACACGCUCUUCAAAAAGGAAUUGGUGCCGCUAUUCAAAGAGUACAGAGUUGUGAAAUUCAGGAGCACAAGAAGAAUGGGAAAGGUUUUGCUCACAUCCAGAGAGACCAUGCCGAACCAAUUUUGAAUAAUAACAAAGUUAAGAAAGUGAAAAUGUGGGAACAAUUACUGAAAAUACCAGGCAAUAAUUAUUGUUGUGAUUGCAGUAGCCCCAACCCCCAUUGGGCUAGCAUCAACUUGGGAAUUACUUUAUGUAUUGAAUGCUCAGGUGUCCAUAGGAGUUUGGGUGUUCAUUAUAGUAAAGUUAGAUCUCUGACGCUUGAUGAUUGGGAGCCAGAAAUUGUGAAAGUGAUGGCUGAACUUGGAAAUUCAGUUGUCAACAAAAUCUACGAAGCAAAUAUACCUGAUGAUUGUGUUCGUCCUACACUUCAUUGUACUGGGUCAGUACGGGAGACUUGGAUAAAAGCAAAGUAUGUGGACAAGAAAUUUGUUAGGGAGUUGCCACAUUUUGAUACAUCACCUUCACAAAGUCGUCAAUCACGCGCUAGUAUGAUGGAAUUUCGGAAGUGGAGUGUCAGAAAAAUGCGUCGCAGACCUAGAAGUUGCGACGCAAGAAGCAGAAAACGACGGACAGGACAUCAAACCAUAACAAAGCUUGAGGUGUUGUCUAAGGGAUCAGAUAUUUCUAAUGUUGGUGUUGAAGAUGAGGAGGAUAAUGAGAUAACGCCCACAAGUAAUGAUAACGUUUUGCUUUUUGGAAAAGAUUUGGAAAAACAAUCUAUAGAUGGUGCUAUUGAUUUAAGCAGUGACCAAGAAUCUACAGAAGGGGAAGAAAGUGAAACAGUUGGUGAGGAAGACAUAUCCAAAUUGCAACCUGAUUUAUUGCUAUACAAAGCAUCUGCUGCACACAAUCUGCCUGUGAUGUGUGAGGCCCUCGCUCUAGGUGCUGAUAAGAAUUGGAUCAAUCCAGACGACCGGGGCAGAAUUCCUCUUCACGCCGCUGUUUUAAGUGGUUCGGUGAUGCCGUGUGCCUAUUUGCUUUUAAAUGGGUGUAAAAUCAAUGCACAAGAUCAGAGUGGAAAGACUCCUUUGCAUCUGGCUACGCAGGAAGGACAUACAGCGCAGGUGUGCCUAUUUUUAAAAUACAAAGCGGAUCAGCAUUUGGAAGAUGACGAGGGAAAAGUACCCCUUUCCAUGGCGGAGCAAAAAGAGCACGCUGACAUAGUUACUUUAUUGAGGCUGGGCCGUCUUAAUGAGGAAAUGAAGGAGUCUGAGGCAGGGGUCACGGGCGAUGAUAUGUUUAAUGAUGUAGUGCGCGAUUUCUCUCGCCUGGCAUAUUCGCACCCUGAAAAAUUACAGAGGCCAAAAAUUGACAACGAAUAAUAUUGUGAUAUUCUACUAUUAGUUUUUUAUACAUAGAGUAUUAAUGAUUCUGACAAAGGGGAUGGAACAUUAAUGUACCUUAUAUGACGAUUAACAUAUUUAAGUAAUUAUCUGUUGCUAUUGCUUGAAACUUUUUUACAUAUUCUUUCUUAUGUAAUUAAAUAAUAAUACAAUUAAAGAAAGACUUCUAUUGUGGCAGGAGAACAAGAAGAUACUGAAGAUUUUGCUUGAUUUUUUACAUCUUUUACAUGAUCUCCAAAAGUACAGGUUGAGUAUCUUUAGAUUGAUGUAAUUCCAAAUUUUUCUUGUAUAAAAAUUACCAUCUUUAAUAAGAGUAUCCAGUACCAGCAGGAGAUAUAUGGAUAAAACUGUGUUUCAAAAUUUCUCGCCCCACUUUUGGAAUUUGCAGUUGUUUCAGAAACUAUUUUAUCUGUGGAGUUUUAUGACAACUUGUCAAACACUUGUGAUUAUGCAAGAUGUGAAGGUUCAUUAUUUCACUCAAAGCUCAGGAGAAGGAGAAUUCCAUUUGAGAGUGUAUUUUCAUCAUAUAUGGUGCUAAUUUCUGUCAUAUUUUGUAACUACUUGUAUUCUAACUUUAUGAGUCCUAUUUUAAAAAAAAUAUCUCAGACUGUAUGUUUCGUUACUAGUUCAUGUGUCAUUUAUCGGUAUUUUUUAUAAGGUGCAUUAUUUUUUAAUUUUCCCGAAUAUAUUUUUUAUACAUGAAUAGGUUAUGGUUGUAUUUGUCUUUUUUAUUGUAUAAUUUCCGACUACCAUGAUAAAUAAAACAUGACUUUAAUUUUAUUAUCCUAGAAGGGGUUUUGUUAUAAUAGUAAUGCAAAAUAAGAAAGGGCGCUAAUAUUACUCGCGAUGUAAAUAGUAUUUACCCAACUCACGGUUCAUGCUAAGCUGAUAUAUUUGUUUUUCUGAAAAAAUAUUUCCAUGUUUGUAUGUUUAAAGAAAAAAAAUUCAAAUUUUCCGUUCUUUGAAUCUUACAGUUGGUAGUGAUAAUUUAUAAUUGUUAGUUAAUCCGAUAGAACGCAGGCGCAAAAACAUGGUUAGGUCUGUAUUUAUUAUUAAUUGAAGAAAUAUAUUGUAUUCCAUC